UGGCCUUGAUAAACCUUCGGAACCGAUGCUAACUCAACUCUAACUAUAAGCACCGUGAAGCCUCGUCCAACAACUCUGAUGACCUUUGCCCCAAAACUACUCUACUCCUGAAAGCAGCUGAGCGCAUUGCACACAUGAGCUCAAGUGCGACAACAAUAACACACGACCUUAAUUCAUUUUCUUACGCGCAAGUUGCUGUCGCCGUUGCCGUCUUGUAUGAUCACGGACUAACCUUCGCUCGUGAAAUAGAUUAUAUAUGGAGGCCGCCUUCAUUAGUGUCCGCCUUAUAUCUAUUGGACCGCUAUGUGGGCGAUUCCGUUGUGAUCCUUGGCGUAUAUCUGUGCCUCACUGAGGAUGGAUCAAUACAAGUAAGCUAUCCGCUUUUCCAGGUCCGAGGUUGGGGUACCCUUCUGUGUUCAUGGCUUACUCAGUCUAUCAUGCAACUCCGAAUAUAUGCUAUGUACCGGCGGACUAGGUGGAUACUCACGGUAUUGCUCUUAUCUUUUUUCAGUGAGAUCCUUGCUGUCAUUGUAAUCAUCUGGACGACCAAUGGUCCAACAAGCAAAUUUGUUGUCAUUGUCGAGCCUUUUCCUGGGAAGCACUUGUGCUCCUUCACCGGGAUCAACACAGACUUCGUCUAUUUAUUCAUACCCAUCCUUUGCUUCGAGACAUUGCUCUUCUUCUUGGCCAUCAGAGUUUCUCUCAAAAACAUGAGAGAAAGGAGGGCCACCCCCGGUACCUCCAGUUUACGCAUAAAUUCAUUCAUGAGCAUACUUGUGCGAGACAGCAUUUUGUAUUUUUUCAUAAACCUGGCGAAGUGCGCUAUCGUCAUGGGCCUGUGGCGGAAUGCUUCUGCCCUGCGCGCAAAUAUAUCUAUCCCGUUCAUCAUGCUUCUAGAAACCAUGGUCGGUACCCGAGUGGUAAUCAACUUCAAGGAACAUUGUUCUCGCCGGUUGAGCUCGGAACCGGUCAUGAUCACUGGGUCAAUACGCUUUGCAGGAGUCAGUGAAGAGACUGCACGCCAGGGUACGAUCCAUGACCAGUCGAACGAAGGCAACGAGAUGCAGCUGGUCAAGGGUUUUCAAGAGAGUACCGAGGUCAUCGUUUUCGAGGAAAUAUAACCUUUAAUUGCUGCGAAUCCACAUGAACUAUGCAUAUGGACCAAUUUCUACAAUAUUGGUGAUAUAGUACAUGUACAAAGGAUUGGGCCCAUGCCGCUGGUGUAAAUGCAAUAAGGUACCGGAUAAUACGAUGCAAUCUAGUACGUGUGAUAACCAUGUUACAGUAAUGAGUGACUGUUCGAGUGCAGCGAUGCAGGAUGAAGCAGUGAUAUGGCAAAUAGCAAUAAUCAAUAGCAGAGCGGAGGAGGAAAGCGAAGGAUAGAUGAGAUCCGGGUUGAAAGCGUC